AUGAAGGAAAUGGAGUCACAAGAGAAUGGUUUAAAGUGCCUCAAAAUUGGUGAUGAAAGUGAAACUGAAAACAAGGAUUUGAUAAUUCAUAUGGAAGCUAUGUUAAAAAGCGUGGAACUACCUUUAGUGUCAAAUUGUUGUAUCUACAAAGUACCUCAAAAAAUUCGCAAGGUGAAUGAAGAAGCUUAUACUCCUAGCAUUGUUUCUAUUGGCCCUUUUCACUAUGGAGACAAGAGAUUAGAAUCAAUGGAAGAUCUCAAAUUGAGAUACCUCAAGAGUUUUCUUGAAAGGACUAAAAAGGGGUUGGGGGAGUGCAUUGGAUACAUAAAAUCUUCUGAAGAAGUUAUAAGAAGUUGUUAUUCAGAGAUCAUUGAACAAAGUAGUGAUGAUUUUGUUAGGAUUAUUUUAACUGAUGCUUGCUUCAUAAUUGAGUAUUUUCUAAGAUCUCUAGAGUGGCCAAAAGAAGACCCUUUAUUAUCCAAACCAUGGUUGAGGUGUGAUGUAAAGCUUGAUUUGAUAUUGCUUGAAAAUCAGCUUCCAUGGUUUGUUCUUGAAGAGCUAUUCAACCUGACACAACCUAGUUGCUUCGAUGGUGAUGUUUCCUCCUUUUUUGAUGCUGCUUUUCAUUAUUUUAGGGUCCAUUUCCUUCAAAGCCUAUUGCCUGGAGUAGAUAGUAGCAAGUUCACCAUCCAUUAUUUUCAUAAGCAUUAUCAACACUAUAUAAUGAAGCCUGAUCAAGUUAGUAUGCAAUUGAAUCACCUCACUGAUUUGCUCAGGAUCUUUUACUUACCACCUGAUAGGUUGCCCAAAAGAGAAAAAGAAAUAGUGAAGCAUCUAUAUAGUGCAAGCCAUCUAAUGGAGGCUGGUGUGAAGCUCCAUGUUGGUCAAGACAAAAGUGCACUUGAGUUACAAUUUUCAAAGGGUGUUUUGACAAUACCAAGAUUUGAAGUUUGUCAUUGGACUGAGAUUCUUAUUAGAAAUGUGGUUGCAUUUGAGCAGUGUCAUUAUCCAUUUCAGACCUACAUUACUGACUACAUAGUCCUCUUGGAUUUCCUUAUUGAUACUAGCCAAGAUGUUGAUACACUUGUGGACAAGGGAAUCAUGAUUAACACUUUGGGUGAUAGUAGUGCAGUUGCAAAUAUGGUUAACAAUUUGUGCCUAAAUGUUGUCCAGGAAAAUAUUAAUGGUGGUUAUAUUUAUCUCUCCAAGAAGCUGAAUUGCUUUUAUGAGGACCCUUCCCACAAAUACAAGGCAAUCUUCAUACAUGAUUACUUCAGCACUCCUUGGAAAAUAACGUCAUUCGUAGCUGCAAUUGUACUGCUUUUACUUACUCUAAUUCAAGCCACAUGUUCUGUCAUCUCUUUAUUUUAG